AUGAGCUGCUUCCUUGUUCAAAUCAGCCGCCUGUCUCGGGUCUCACAUCCCAACUUCAUCCGAGCACAGCCACGAAGUUCGUUCUCAAAACUCGGGGUUACACAAAUCCACCAACAAAGCCAACUAUCUACGAGCAACUUCCUCUAUAACAAUUCUCCUGCCGGUGACCAAGAACGGCCCGAGCUACCGAGCGAUAAAGGACGAACAGCUCAAUCUCCAAAGUCAAGCGAUGAAAAGAUAUUAGAUCGUGCACAUGAGGCAGAAAAGGGCCAGCAAACAUUUACAGAAGAGGAACAAAAACGAAAGCAAGUGGACAAGAGGGAAGGAUAUGGGGAGGGCGAGGCUGAAGAAUUUGAUAAAUCGCGCGGUCGGAAUGCUUAA